AAAAAAAAAGAGGUAGGGGCAAGAGCCACGCACUUCGCACGUACUAAGCCCUUCUCCUCUAAUGCUGACAAAAUAAGAAGGGUAAAGAAAGGGUUUUCCAAUCGCAUUUCAACAGAGAAAAAUCAAACAAAAAUGGCGAUGGCGAGCGUGCGAUCUGGUCUCCUCCGAACCGCCCUUCGCGGUGGUUCUCGUCCUUCUGCUCCUCUCAAGCGAGGCUUCGCUUCCUCUUCUCAUCACGAUGAUGCUUAUGAAACGGCGAAAUGGGAGAAAAUAACAUAUUUAGGCGUUGCAACCUGCACUGUUUUAGCAAUUUAUAACCUAUCAAAGGGUCAUUCCCAUCAUGAAGAGCCUACUCCGUACUCAUAUUUGCACAUUCGCAACAAAGAGUUCCCUUGGGGUCCAGAUGGUCUGUUUGAGAAGAAGAUGCAUCACUAGGAUGGCCGAUGGGCUGUUGGACUUGAACAAAAAUAUCAUUCCAAGUUUAGCACACUUCUUAACUUUUCAGACAUAUCAAUCAGAUAACUAUGGAUCUUUUCUUGGAUGUUAAUGUUUUCAAGACUUGCAUUGCAAGUUCAUUAGGCUUUCUAUAUGGUUGUCUGCCAUACUCUGUUUCGAACUAAUAAGAUUAAUGAAUGGUUUGGAUCAAUUUUCUUUACACCU